AUGCAUUAUAAAUAUGUGGAUAUAUUCACUGAAUGUAAUGGUAUUAUCGACGGGUUUAUCACAGGAAAAGUUCCUAAAAAUCUGGAAAAUACGGAUAAGAUUUUUCAAAAAUAUAACAUAUUAAGAAAUAAGUUCACUUUGAAUGAAUGUGACAUAGUUUCCUCAUAUUUAAUGGAAAUAGAUUCAAAUAUUCGUCCCCACAACAUAUCAUUAGAAGCCGGUGCUUUAUUCUUAUAUUAUUGGAUACAUGAUAAACUUAGUUAUAAGGGUAUAAGUAUAUAUACGAAAGAUGUUUAUAAUGCGUUUAUAAAAGAACAUCAUCAAACAUAUGGAACAGAUGUUUUCAAGGACUAUAUUGAUAUAACAUUUAGAGAUGGCGUAAUGAAAAAUGUGAACUCUCUGUAUGAUAUGUAUUCAUGCCUUAAUCAUAAAAAAGUUAAUGGUUCAUAUGCUAAGGACAACAAUUUUUGUAAUUCAUUAGAUGUUUUUGUAAAUAAAUAUAAUGAAAACAUUGGAACAUUAGCCAGUAGAAUUAUUGAAAAAAAAAUAUCAUUACCUUGCCAAAAAAAUAUGGCUGUUACUAUAUUAAUUACAACGGUCACAUUUGGUUCACAUGGCCUUUCACUUCUGCAUAAAAUAAAAAGUAUAAAAAACACAUGGAAUUAUAUGGAUCAAGAAUUGAGAACAUCCCAAGAAUCAUAUAUAUCAAACAUUGACUCUAGAGAUAUAGGAUAUAAUUUAUUAUAUGAUUAG